UAGUUUUUGUUGCGGGUUGAACAAAAACUAUUUUUUAAUUGUAAAAAACAUUUGUAAUAAUUUGCAAAUCCCAUAAAAUCGAUCAAGUAUUAAACAAUUUGCAAACAAGUUGCAUCAGUGAUAUAUUGUGACAAUUUUGACAAUAACAAAGCAAAUUCAUAAAUCUACGCCCAUAGAGUUCUGUAGCAUUUUGUUAUACAAAUAAGAAAUAAACAAAACAAAAAUAUUGUUUUUAAGCACAAGAGAGUGUGUGCAAAAGCUACAGAGGAAAUAACAAUUGAAAAAAGUUAAAUUAUCGUGUUUGUUUCUACUUAAACGAGACAAUUGUUUAAUGAGUUUUGUGUGUAUUUGUUUCUGCAUGAAGUUAGAGGGGAAUUUUAAAGUCCCAACAUCUCCAAAGCCUGCUUAAGAAUAAUCAAGUUUGGGGAGUGUGUAGCUCACUUGCACUUAAAGAUGCAUUGUUGAAAUAAUAUGCAAAAAAUUAGCAUUGAAUAGUGAGCUGAAUGUGUACUCAUAAGAAAAUAUACAGAAAAGUUAAAUAAAUUAGUGUCAAGAAGAAGAAUUUGUCUUCCAAUAAAAAGAAACAAAAAAACGAAAGAGAUUUGCAAAAAUAAAAGAAAAAUUAUGAAAAAAAUCGUUUAAAUUUCAUCUCAUAAUGAUGGUGGGGAUAUGUGAAAUAUGCCAACAACAACUGCAUCCCCAACAAAGACACCAACAACAACUAUGUCUUCUCUAUAUUCUGUGAGACAUUCAUGUUAUUUUAUUGUGAAAUAAACCGCGAAAUCUCUAAGAGUAUUAAAUAAUCCAAGAGAGAGAGUGAGAGCAAAAUUGCAGGAGAGAUACAGCAAAAGAUUGUUUGAGUGUGCAAUUAGUUGUUGCUUUGCUCAGCAGGCAACAUAAUAACAGCAAGAACAACAUCUUCAUAAUCAUCUGAGAGAGAAGGAGAGUCAACAACAUCAUCAUCGUCAUUAUUGUGUUAAAUUUACUACUCACUACAUUGGACGGCUCUCUCUUUGUUUGGCCUCCCCCUAACUCCCCCAACGGUAAACAUUGUGAGUGUUUUGUUUGUGUGUUACUACACUACUGAGCAUCACACAGCGUCGUGUCGGUCGGUGUCGUCGUGUUUUGGCCUACCAUCAGCCACUGUCAUUAACAUUGAGAAUUGUUGUGGCCGUCGUCUUCGUCGUGUAUCUUCUUUGUUAAUUGUGUGUUUUAAAAUACUCUCGCAAUAAUAACAAAAACAUUGCCGCCGUAUUCCAUAAAACAAAGAAAGUGAAAAUAAAAGAAUUAAUACAAAACACAAAACCGCACAAAUGAAAAUGGUUGACAAGUCAUCAAAAUUAGAUAAAUAUAGCGCCAAUAUGAAUGCCUCAACAUCGGCGGCUGCCGCCGCUGCUGCAGUCGGUGGUAUUGGCGGCAGCAGUGGAUCUGCUGUAGUUGGUAGCGGUGGUCAUAGUGGUUCGAAUAUAUCCACCGGUUAUUAUUAUCAUACCAUGCAGCAGCAGCAACAACAACAGCAGCACCAGUAUCAACAGCACCAGCAAUUGCAGCAACAACAGCAUCACACCAGCAGUAGUAGCAGCCAUCAACACCAUCAGAACGGUCAAAAACCAGUCCCAAUGAAGUUAUUUGCCGCUUGGGAAGUUGAUCGUACUCCACCGAACUGUAUACCAAGAUUAUGCUCGCUGACAAUAACCCGUUUAACAAUAUUAACACCCCUACCGGGCGAUAUGACAUCGCUGUCGUUGGCGGUGAAAAUGCAAAGUUCCAAGCGUACACUGCGCUCUCAUGAAAUACCAAUAAGUGGAGCUAGUUUUAUGCAAAUUGCCUCUGGCACCAAUACAUCGGCAACGGGAAGUGGCAGUGGUGCUAUUGGAGGUAGUGGAGGUGGUGGAGGCCCAGGCAGUGGCAGCAAUACUGGCGGCGCUAGUGGUGUCUCCAAUACCACAAGCAAUAAUGCCGGCGGCAUUGGAGGAGGAGCUGGUGUGGGUAAUCUGUCGAUAAUGCAACAAGGCAAUGCGUCGAUGACCACGGCAAUGCUUAAUUCAGCCCAAUCCAAUAUGGGCAGUGGCGGAGCGGGUGUUGGUAGCGGUGGUAAUUCGCACAUGAUUGGUACACCCGGAAAUAUUGGCAAUGUUGGCAUCGGUACAACCGGUAAUCCCACGGCCGGCCUAUUAAUGAGUGGCAGUGUGCCAUUGUCUGAAACUGAACUGGAUUUAAAUUUUAGUCUUCAAUAUCCUCAUUUCAUAAAGCGUGAUGGCAAUAGCACACGUUAUGGUUAUCAAUUGCCUUCCUUCUUCUUCUUCUUACCGCUACGCGACAAUCCUCACAGACUGGUCAUACUACUACAACGACGCAAAAAAUACAAAUCACGCACCAUUCUGGGCUAUAAAACACUGGCCGAAGGCUUCAUACGCAUGGAUGCUGUGUUGCAGAAAUCAAUGGAUAUGACUGUGGAAUUGACAGCUUCCGGCAAAAAUGGUCGUCCCGGCACAACAGUGGCCUGCCUACGUGCCGAACGUGUUUCGUCCAUUCCAGUUGAUCAUGACAAUAAAAAUAAUAAUAGUGUCCUAUUGGCAGAUCGCGUCGCUGAAUACUCCGACGAAGAUGAAGAGGGUGAAUUUAGUUCGGGUGAAUUUAAUGAUGAUCUCGGUAUACCCGGCUAUGAUCCGAAACGUGAUUACAAUCCUUCCAAACAUGAUAUGCGUAAAUAUCGCAAAUUGCAACGUUCCGAAGUGGAGGAUGUUGUGGCCUUGGGUGGCGCGAAUAAUCCCGUCGACAGUGAUAGUGAAUUCGAAAUGAAGGAUAAGAGUUCGUCGAGGGCUAAAAUUAGCAGGACCAUUUCCCUGCAACAGCGUAAUUUCAAGCAGAAAAUCUUUGCCCUACUCAAACGUUUCAAAGCCUCCGAGGAGUUGGAAGGUGAAGUAAAUCGCAGCACAGCUGCUCUACAUGGCGGACGUGAUUUGGAUGCAUUAUUUCAAGAGCUCGAAUCGUUGUCAUGCUGUGAGGGUGAUGAUUCUGGACCGGAUAUAGACAGUCUGUCCAUUGGUUCGACACCCAAACCCUCGCUAAGGCCAUUCUUUACCAAUUCACGGAUAAUGCUACACGAUGGCGGUUCUGGUGAAUUUGAACCACCCACAUCUGAUCAGCAUUAUCAAAAAAGAUGGUAUAGAUUACUGCAAUUAUUUGUAACGUCCAAAAAUAAAGGCAACAUUGAGCGCAGAUCAUCGGACAAAAGCGACCAAUUGACAAAUUCGUCAUUUCAAAUUGAAAAUAACAAGCAAAAAUGCAUUCAUUUAACAAACAAUAACAAUUCGGCAACACCAACAGAUCGUAUUUGUGAUAAUCGUAAUGAUAGUUCCGGCAAUGAAGGCAAUGCCGUCUUCACCGAUGGCCAAGCCUCAGAUCCUCAAAAUAGUCCUCCACGUGGCGACCGCGAUUUUUUGCCGAUGCAACAGCUGAUGCGCCAACCUCUGACGCCCGUCAACACCAGUGCCAAUUUGUUGGCUUCGAUGGGACAAAAUGCCAAUAAUGCCACCAAUAGCAAUACCACAACUACCACCAAUACUACAACACCCUCAUCAAAUGAGAAACGUUCGCGUCUCUUCAGAUCGUCGAGCAGUACACCGGGUGGUGGUAAGAAGAAACAAACACUUAGCCUAAGCGCUGAACCACGCUCAGUAUUAGAGACAUGUUUGUCGCCCACCAAUGUGGAACCACGCAAAAUGCUGCUGGAUCAGUUGAGUCGCAUAUUUGCCAGUGAAGAUUCAGUUAUACCCGAUGAGGUGACAAUAAUAAGUCCACCGGAAGCUUUAAGCGGUAGUAGUUUAGUGCCGAAAUUAACUACAUUGUUUGCGAAUUCCUUUAAACCGGCCUUUGUACCACAGAAUACGGCCGAGGUAAAGGCUGUACUGCAGGCCCUUAUGGGUAAAAUACAAAAAUAUUGUAAUUCGAAUGCCAAACCACCCACCACCGUGAAAAUCCUAUUAAUUGGCGGCGACUGGUUGCAGGGUGCUGCCCUCCGACAUUACGUCGAUCUAAUGGGUGUCAGGCCUCCCGAUUGGUUAAAUCAUUUGCGUUUCUACAUUGUGCCCAUUGGUAGCAGUACCAUUGCUAGGCAUCUCAGUCAAUUGGAUCAAACCUAUGCUGCAAUGUUCGGUUCUGAUAAUUGGUAUCAGCUGUGUGAGCGUGUGGCCCAAACGGCGGCCGCAGUUAGUGCCGUGACCACGGUGAAUGCCUCGACUUUGGCCGAAACUGGUGUAGCCACCAAAUCGGAUAUUGUGGAGUUAGUGAAUCGUAUACAACGAUAUUUGCAUGCGGCUGGACCCUGCACACAAAUACCCAUAGCCGAGGCUAUGGUCAACUACAAGGAUGAGGAUUCAUGUCAAAUAUUUGUGCCAUUUGUUAGUGAUGUCCGCAUUGGUUGUUUGGAAGGACCCCAGGCUUCCCUUGAUCUCGAAGAAAACUAUGCUCAACAGACAUUGGGCUCGGCCAGCCAACAGCAGCAGCAACCCCAACUGCAACAACAACAGCAACCAUCAUCAAUUACCAAUCCCAUACCAAUUGGAAAUUCGAAUCCUCAAAAUCCUUUGAAUAACCAAAAUAUUUCCUCCAGUCUACAAGGUGGUGGUGGCAUUGUAUCUGGUUCACCGCCACAAAGCGGUCGUAUAUCACCACCUCUGCAGACCCCGCCCUCAUCGGCAUCCUCGCAUCGUGAACGUAUGGGUGAUAGUUUCAGCGCUACACCACAACAUUUACAGGGAAAUAUGUUCAAUGAAGCCGUGGAAUUGCAAGUCGAUUAUUGGCCCAUAGCACGGCCCAUGGACUAUUCGAGUUCAAAGGAUAAGAGUGCAGCCAAGGGUGGAGACCAGGGUGGCAAAAAUAGCAUUAAGAGUACAUUUAGAAGUCUACAGGUUUGGCGUUUGCCACAAAAUGCCCAAUUGGGUGAAAUAUCGAAUGGUUUGACUGUCUCAUUUGCUACCAAAGAAAAGAAACAAAAGCAAAUUAUGCGUUUGGGCAAGAAAAAAGAAAAAGAUCGUGAUCUCGAAAAGGAGCAGUGUGUUGAAGGAGUUGCUCGUUUAAUAUGCUCACCAAAACAGUCGCAUCCAGUGCCAUUGAGGGUUUAUAUUGAUGGCACCGAAUGGACUGGCGUUAAAUUCUUCCAAUUAUCAUCGCAAUGGCAAACACAUGUUAAAAAUUUUCCAAUUGCUCUAAUUGGUUGUACACCAAUGUCAUGUUCGGAAUUAUCCUAGUCAUUUUCUUAAUAAGUAAUAUCAUAGAUUUAUAAUAAACAGCAAAAUUAACCUACCUAUAAUAUACAUAUACAUACAAUUAUGAAAAGCAAAAAGCAACAAAGGGAAAACAACAUCUAACCCUACACUAUAUAUUAUACACUAAAAAUUAUUAAUAGUUAACCGUCGGCAAAAUUUUAUUCAGUAAAACUAUGUGAAAAUAAAAGACGGUAUAAAAUAUUACUCAUUUUUAUUGGAAAAAGCAGAGAAAACAAAAAUCUGCUAGUGGUUUAAUAAAAAAUUUGAGUUUUUUUAUAUAUAUUGGAAUUGAACUACUAUAUAUUUUGUUUUGUAUUAUUUUUUUAUAUAUAUAAAUACAUAUACUUUUAAUUUACUGUUUAUACAUACAAAAUAAUAAUAGAAGAUAAUUGUAAAAAAAAUAUAUUUAAAAGAUAAUUAUAAAUUGUAUCAUUAUAUAACAACAAUAAUAUAUUAUAAAAAAAUAUUAUAAACAAAAUCAUCCAGGCCUAAGCCUGAAAAGAAACUGAGCAAAAAUAUACAGGCAUAGACUCAAUAAUAAUAAUAAUAAUAAAGCAUAAUUAUAAACAAACAAAAAAAGUAAUCAGAAAUAAAACUUGCAAAAAUUUAAAGUUGAAA